AUGGAGAGUGGUGAUGUACCUGUAAUAAAUUUAUGUUCAGGCAGAGGGAUGCCAAUUUUGGGUAUGGGAACGGCUGAAAGUCUUCUUGAGGGAUCUGAACGAGUGAAAUUGGCGCUUGUAAAAGCGAUUGAGGUGGGUUAUAGACAUUUCGAUACAGCUGCUAUUAACCAAACUGAAGGGUCUCUAGGUGAAGCUAUAGCUGAAGCACUUCAACUUGGCAUAAUAAAAUCUCGAGAUGAACUAUUCAUCACUUCCAAGCUCUGGUGCACCGAUGCUCACCCUGAUCGUGUCUUCCUUGCACUUCAGAAUUCUCUGAGCAAUCUUAAACUGGAGUAUCUGGAUCUAUAUCUGAUACAUUAUCCAGUAAGCUUGAGUCCAGGGACGGUUCUGCCAAUGGACUACAAGUCUGUAUGGGCAACCAUGGAAGAGUGUCAGAAGCUUGGGCUCACAAAGUCAAUCGGCGUCAGCAACUUCUCCUGCAAGAUUCUUGAAGAGCUAAUGGCCACAGCGACCAUCCCUCCUGCUGUUAAUCAAGUGGAGAUGAACCCGAUGUGGCAACAAAAGAAACUAAGGGAUUACUGUAAGGCCAACAAUAUCUUGGUUACUGCAUACUCGACUUUGGGAGGCAUAGGAACCUUCUGGGGAUCCAAUGCGGUUAUUGACUCUGGGGUACUGAACCAGAUUGCCUUGGCUAGAGGAAAAUCUGUUGCUCGGGUUAGCCUGAGAUGGGUUUACGAGCAAGGUGUGAGUCUUUUGGCGAAAAGUUACAAUGAAGAUAGAAUGAAAGAUAACCUGAAGAUAUUCGGCUGGAAACUGACCACAGAAGACUUGAACGCGAUUAGCAAGCUCCCACAACGAAGAAUAGCAGUUGCGGAUUUUCUGGUAUCAGUUGAUGGGCCGUUCAAGUCUUUAGCAGAGUUCUGGGAUAACGAACUCUGAAGCUUGACUGGCUAAUGGGUCAAUAGGUUUUGGCAGAGUUCUCAUAAGAAGUUUCCUAGGCAUCAAGAUAAACUCGUAAUGCACAUAUAAGAUGAUUUGUCCUUAGAGGGUAGAAUCAAUCUUUUUCGCUCGGAUUUACACCAAGAAUAGCUACCAAAGGCGUAUAAAAAGUUUUUCUUAACAAAGAAGAACAUACAAAGUCAUUAACGACCAUGCACUACAGUUCACAUAAGAUGAUUGUGAACAUUCAAGAAUCCUAUAAUAAUGCAUACU